AUGUCUCUAGGCGUCAUGACCUACGCGAACCGCCUCCGAUGGGCAUGCUGCCGAUUUCAGGGGGUCCGCAAGGGCGAGGAGCAACAAGAGGGACAUCUGUCCCCUUGGAAGAAGCAACGCAAGAAUGACCUUCGGGAAGCGCUGGAGGCCGAGGAGCCCCUCUUCACAGAGCCGUAUCCCCGCGUAGGCUCCUCCAACUCUAAGGAGGGUGGCAUUUGGCGCAAGUCGGUGCCAGAGUUUGUGCGUGAUUUUGAGGAGAGGCUCCCUAAUGAAGAGGUCAACUUGAUGGGCCGCGUUCGGGCCAAGCGAAUAUCUGGCAAAGGCCUCAUAUUUCUCGACAUCGUCAAUGAGUUCCAGAAGGUCCAGGUCAUGCUGAGCAAGAAGGGAGUCAAGAGCUUGUCGAGGGACAAUGCCAACCGCUUUGAGCUCUUCAGGAAUCUGAUCCAAAUAGGGGACCACAUCUGUAAGCCUUCCCAGCACUUUGCAUCGUAG